GGGGGAGAAGUGAAUUGAGAGAGCGCGGCUUUGCCAGAGGGAGCGAGCCAUGUGCUGAAGGAGGAAGAGAGAGAGAACCACCGUGACUCAAAAAAGGGGAAAAAUCGAUCAUGUCAGCUCCACUGAUCUGUACACCACACGUAGGAACGAGGGAAGAGCGACAAGAGAAUUUGGCCUUUUCACAACAGCAACCCCAAACAACGCAGGAAUAGCAGCAGCAACUUUGCAACUGAUGCGGUGUCUCCGUGUCUGCACUUCAUGCUUUGGUAGUGGCGUUGCGAGGAUGACGCCAUAAGCACGCAUCAAGAAAGCAACUUCUCCUAUUGAUAACUUUUGCCAGUGAAGGAAGCUGAGGACAGUAGCCACCGACGACAUUUGAUAAUUGCUUUUGUUCCAGCCUCAGAUUGUGACUGACCGAUGAGCAGAGCAGGACACAUCUUGUGAGCCAAUGGUUUUUCACGGGCUUGGAUUUCUAUCGCGCUGCUGCAACAUUGUGAUAUUUUGAGUUUCUUCUGAAGGAACAAGAAGUGGUUGCUUGACUGAAACAUUGUAUCUCACAAAACCUGAAACGUUGAGUUGAAUGGACAUCGUUAUGCGCGCAAAUGUGGAAUAAAAAGCAUCUUGAUUUGGAUGACCGUAAAUUGAAGGACGGUAGCAGAAUUGAUGGGUGAGAGUUAUAUUUACGACGACUAAAGUUUUAGAAAGUAUGCCAUGCCGGAAAGGGAUGGAUUUAAAGGACAAACGACUGUAGGCCUAUACUUGGCGUCAAUGAAUAUUCAACAAUAUAUGACGAGUGUCGCGCAAUGUGUUCAAAUAAGGCAUUUAUCAAUUACAGUCAUUGAAGAAAAUGGAUUUUAAUAGUUAUUGGAAGAGCUUGCCGUGCAAAAGGAGAGCAACGAGCUGAGUCAAACUGUGAAUUAACAGAAUUGAUGAACCUUCAUGGAACAUAAUCUAAUUUAACUUCAUAGACACCGCUGCAUCUGCUUGGACUUCUCACUAAUGUUCUCACGACUGGGAAUGUAUACAUUGUACAUCUUCAACUGAAGGCGAACAACUGCAGCUGAGAGCACCUGGAAUUUGAAUGUGGACUGGAACCAACCUCGUGCAAGUUGAAGAGCACCAUGUCCAUUUAAACAGCAACCAGAUUGUACUUGUAUCAGUAUAAAUUACAGACAACAACGCGACGAAUUAUAUAGACUCUGCCCAUAAUGGACAAGAACUAUUUAGCUUUUCAAAUGGAGUUGACAUUUAUGGUUGUUGCCCUCUUAUCUUGGGUCGCGGUAUGGGCUGACGAUAGCAAGAUUAUAUCAGACAGAUAUGCAGUCUACUGGAACAGCACGAACCCCAGGUUUCUCCAUGGGGAGUACACCGUGGAGGUGGCCAUCAACGACUACCUGGACAUCUACUGCCCCCACUACGCGGACCCGCUCCCCCUGGAGCGCAUGGAGCGUUACAUCCUCUUCAUGGUCAACUACGACGGCUACACCACCUGCGACCACCGCAUGAAGGGCUUCAAGCGCUGGGAGUGCAACCGGCCACAGAGCCCCAACGGACCGCUCAAGUUCUCCGAGAAGUUCCAGCUCUUCACUCCCUUCUCACUAGGCUUCGAGUUCCGGCCGGGUCACGAGUAUUACUAUAUCUCGUCUCCACACCCUAACCUUGUCGGGAAACCCUGCUUGAAGUUGAAAGUCUAUGUCAAGCCCACAAAUGACUCGGUGUAUGAGUCCCCGGAGCCCUUCCUGACAGACGACAGCACCGGUGGCUGUUGCAUGGCCGCCCCUUGCCUCUCCCUUAUGCUAGCAAUGCUGCUCACGCUACUCCUUUCCUGCUCAUAGCAUCCUGGGCCCGCAGGCCGUACCCCCAUUAAACAGCCCCCCACCAGAAUCCCUCCACCCCCAGCCCCGAUCGACUUCCCCUCAAAUCUGCCGCCUCUGACCCCCUAUAAAAGGGAGAAAGGGACACGACUCCUCCCCAUCUCCCGUCCUCUCCUUCUACCAUACCGGUCCACUCUCCUCCACCCCUCGACAGGCACGACCUGGACACCGUAAACUCAUACUGCCCCUCCCCCYCCCACCCAGAACCCUCCUCCCUCCAACUCCUCAGCGGAACCCCUGCUUCAUGACCACUGGCCUCUGACCCUCAGCACACAGCUCAAGUCCAGUGGGCGAUUAAAGGGAGUAUUCCUGGGACCAGGAAGGAGUCCCUUAAAGACCUUACAAAAACCGCCUCCCUGCUACCGAGGAGCGCUGGGAUGUGCAGGAAGUGGAGGGGGUGGGUUUGAAACGAACUAAGAGGAGGACGAACUCCUCUCCCACCCGUCUUGAUUGCCGGUGGAUCGACAGUGACCGUUGUCGUCGACAGCGACGUCCUCUCCACUUAAGGACCCUCUCGUGUUCAUCUUCYGACUGUUUGCGUUUCUCUAUGAGUCUUUGUGCUUUGAUAGUGCCCAAUAGUGUCCCACCUGUACAUGUUCAUUCUGUUACAGUGUAUUAUAUCGUUGUAUCUUUCUUUGUCACGUCGACUCCUGCAGUGAUGGAUCAUCGCUGAACCGUCUUUCUCUCUCUCUAUCGCUCUUCUUUUCUCUCUUCUCGUGUGUCUCUGACCAGUCUCUAAUAUCCUGGCAAUUUCUAGCAGUAGCAAUCCAGAGUAGAUAAGGACCUUUUCUGUAAAUCUGCCAAAGACACUUGUUGAAAUUUUAUACGGGGGGGGUGACAGGGGUGUGGGACGGUGGCGUUGUGGCUAUCCAACGAGGUCGUAAGCAGCCAUAGASCUCUGUGUAGACCCUCUGAAUCAUGCCAUGGGGGUCCUAUCAUGGACAGUAGGUUGACGUUUGUCAUGAGUCUUGUCCUGGUGGCAGAACUGAGCGAUUUCCCCUUAGAUAGGCCAGCUGCAAAGUCUAAAUUGGCUAUAUUGUACAAAUUCAUGAAAACUAAAAUGCAGUUUAAAGUUAGGGAUUAGUGUUAGCAGUGUGGGUAAGGUUAGAGUUAGGUUUAAAAUCCGAUUUUAUGACUUUGUGGCUGUGCCAGCUAGUGUCCACUCUGCAGAGCUGCCUCAAGAACAAGAUUCAUGCCGAAAAGCGCUAACCUGCUUACGGACAGGGCCUUACGGACAGGGCAGUGUAGAUUUUUUUUAAAGAAUGUUCCUUAAGAAAACAAACAAAUGAACCGUAUCAAGAAUUGCCUUUUUUCCACUGGUGCUGAAUUCAAAACGAGUCUCCGUCUCAAGCUGCGGUGCUGAGUAGAAGGGGGACAUCCUGUAGUGGUGAAGUGUUUUGUGAAUUUCAGGUUUUGCUUUUCGUUUCCCCAUCCUUCCCUCCUCUCAUUCUCCCACGUGUUCUUCUCUAGCAUUCUCUCUAGCCCCCUUCUCUCUGUCUCUCUCAUGCUCUGAAUGUSAGUUUUCACCGCGUGACGUUUUUUUUGCCGUGUGACACAUGCCCAUUGCUAUGUCAGGUCCCCUUGUCUCAGUCCCAGUACUACGGCUGUGGGCCGCUGGGACUUUKCGGAGAUUGAGAUAAUGGACAAUGUGAACUCCCCAUGCACUGUGCAACCUAAGGGACCCGGGCCUCCAUGGACAGCAAUGGGGAGAUGGAUGGCCCCCAAAAUACUAGGAGGUUGGAGUCUCAGUAGCACUUUCACUCACAAAAUGGACUCUUCUGUUUCGCGAAGAAGAAAGAAAGAAGAAAGAAAAAGAUGGGGACCGAUGUGUAUGUAUGAGGAUCAUGUUGUGGCUUUGUGAUAGAACYCUCCUCUCCACGAUCAUGACGUUACACAGAGAGCUGGCCUACAACAUCCGCAGGAACUCAGAAAUAAACCACAUUUUAAAAAAAGUUCGCUAAAUACAACUUUUAUAUUUUACUUUAUUCCAUGUUAUUUUUUACUUUACUUUUCAAAAAAGCAGCAGAAAUUAUUCAUAUGUGAUAUGAAAUUAUAAUGUAGACCCUUGAAUUACUAGAUCGAUGAUGGGACAGUCUCUGCAGUCAAACACGUCUAGAGAAGUCAGCCGUUUGCUAUUGUUGUUGUUGUUUUCCUGCUUGUAUCACUAUGCAUUCUGGUACUUGUAGUCCUGUAAUCAUUAUUUUUAAAGGUGAAGAACAUGGUGUGGUUAUCAGAUCAAUUCCUUUUUAGUUGGUUUAAAUGUGGAUGAAACCUAAUUGAUUUCAUAUGAAAUGUUCUUGUUUUGGCAUAGGAAAGCUAUGGGGGAAAAUGGAAAAAACACAAAUAAAGCUUUUUUGUCUGUAGCGGAAAUAGCUCUGGUUUACAGUGUGACAUGUCUAUACUGUAGGCUACAGAGUGAAUACAUCAUCAAAGUAUUCAUAACUGCUGUUUCAAUCAAACAUGAGCUCUCAGCCACUGUUUCGAGUGUCUUUACCUAAAGUAAAUUGCAGUCUAAUGUUYAUAAGCUGUUUUGUAGUUUAAAAGAAUGUCUGCAUAUAUUCUUUGAAAAGAUUUCUUGUUUUUUGUACAUUUUGUUAAUGGAUGCUUGUCAAAAAAAAKCAUUAAAACAGUUCAUGCAUUCAAGAAAUUGAACUUGUUAGAGAGCUGGGGUGGUUUAACAUGGCCAAAUCUAAGGAUCGUCCCUCAAGAUUUUCCAAAAGGUAAUCAAUUUGAUGGAUUUGCCACUUCUGACAAUUCUCUUCCCUGUGAUGCAUGCCUAGCAUAAAACCUAUUUUAAUCAAAGAACAGACUUUCAGACCUGUGCUGAUUGACUUCUAGUGAGUGUUCAGAGGGAAGAUCAUUUCAGAAAUGUAUCAAUCAGUGUUUGAUAAUUUCACAACAAAUAAAGCUUCCACUAAAA